AGCAACAUACAGAAUUCUCUUUUAUCUGUUUCUCUGUUUCUCCUUGCUCAUCUCUUUCUUCUUCUUAAUUUCUCUCUUCUGAUUCUCCUUCUAUUCUCUAAUUCUUACUUUUCUUAUUUCUCUGGUAUUUGAUUUUGGGUGGUGAAUUCUGAAGUUGAUUAGUCCGAUCCAUUGUUCAACUUUAGCAGGAUCUUUAAAUUUGAAUUUCAAUUUCAAUCUAAAGAAAGAAGGAAGCAGUACUUGCCAUGGGAAUUCUUGAAAGGUUUUGGCUGGUCAUCCUUAUUGCAGCACCAUUAGCAGCAAUUGUGGCAGAACCAGCUCCUAUUGCAAAAGAUGAUUGUCCAGAUAGGUGUGGUAAUGUAAGUAUCCCAUAUCCAUUCGGUACAAGAGAAGGAUGUUCCUACAAUGAAGAUUUUCUCAUAAGUUGCAAUGACACUUCUAGUCCCCCAUUAGCAUUUUUAGCGAAGAGUAAUAUCAGUGUCACCAACAUAACUCUUGAAGGGAGGACGCACAUAACGCAAUUUAUAGCCAAAGAUUGCUAUAAUGCAUUCGGUGUACGAAUUAAUAACAACUAUGCCUGGCUCAAUUUAGAUUUAGACGGUAGUUAUACCAUUUCUGAAACUAGGAACAAGUUUGUCGCUAUUGGCUGUGAUACGGUAGCAUUCGCACGAGGUUUCCAAGGGAAUAAAACCUACACUACAGGUUGCAUAACCCAAUGUAGCAGGACUGACUAUGUAGCCAGUGACAAAUGUUCUGGAAUUGGUUGUUGCCAGACAUCCAUUCCCACAAGAACGAACUACAUCGAGGUAGCAGUAACAAGCUACUACAGUCAUACCGGAGUUUGGAACUUCAGCCCUUGCAGCUAUGGCUUCAUCGUGGAAGAAAGCAAGUUCAACUUUUCUUCAAAUCUUCUUCUCGACUUGCGAAAUGUUAGUCGAGUCCCCAUGGUGCUUGAUUGGUCAAUUCGGGAGAAAAACCAUACAUGUAAAACUGAAAAAGCGAAUGCAUGCCAAAGAAACAGCGAAUGCGUUCCUAUUGAUGAUGAUGGAUAUCGAUGCAAGUGCUUAAAAGGUUUUGAAGGAAAUCCAUACCUAGAUGGUGGUUGCCAAGAUAUAGAUGAGUGUGUAGACCCUAAUCUCAAUGAUUGUAAAGGUAUGGCGACCUGCAUCAAUACAGAAGGAAGUCAUACAUGUUUGUGCCCGAAAGGUUACGACCUUGUAAACGGUACUGAACAAGGUUGCGUUGCCAAUAAUCGACAUAACUGGAAUCUAAUUCUAGUCCCUGCAGGGAUUGGAGGCCUUGCAUUAUUGCUAGUAGCUGGCACUUGGCUGUUCUGGGGAUAUAAUAAAUGGAAGCUCAUCAAACUCAAACAAAAGUUCUUCAUGCAAAAUGGAGGUUUGAUGUUGCAACAACAACUAUCCAACCAUGAAGGAUCUGCACAAACAGCUAAAAUUUUUACAGUUGAAGAACUCAAGAAAGCCACAAACAACUUUGAUGAAAGCAAAAUUAUAGGUCAAGGAGGCUAUGGGGCAGUUUACAAAGGAACUCUUGGUGAUGGGAGAAUUGUUGCAAUCAAGAAGUCCCACAUUAUUGAUCAAAGUCAAAAUGGGCAAUUCAUAAAUGAAGUUGUUAUUCUUUUACAAAUCAACCAUAGAAAUGUGGUGAAGCUGUUAGGUUGUUGCUUAGAGACAGAAGUUCCAUUGCUAGUUUAUGAAUUCAUUACCAAAGGCACUCUCCACCAUCACAUCCAUAAUAAAAAUAAGGCUUCAUCAUUGACUUGGGAAGACCGCUUAAAGAUAGCAGCAGAAACUGCAGGAGUGCUAUCAUAUUUGCAUUUUGGAACCUCUACACCAAUCAUUCAUAGAGAUAUAAAGUCUACAAACAUACUCUUAGAUGAUAGCUAUACAGCAAAAGUAUCUUAUUUUGGUAUUUCAAGGUUAAUUCCACAAGACCAGGCUGAAUUAUCUACAGUUGUUCAAGGAACCAUUGGAUACUUAGACCCUGAGUACUUGCAAACAAGCCAAUUAUCUGAGAAAAGUGAUGUUUAUAGCUUUGGAGUCGUGCUUCUUGAGCUUUUGACUGGAGAAAAGGUAUUUUCCAUUGAUAGGGCAGAGGAAGAGAGAAAUCUUUCCAUGUAUUUUCUUUCUGCAAUAAAAGAUAAUUGCUUGGGAAAAAUUCUUGAUGGUUCUAUAGUGAAUGAAGCAAACAUUGAACAUCUUAAUGAGGUAGCUAACCUUGCAAGGAGAUGCUUGAAUGUAAAAGGGGAGGAAAGGCCUACAAUGAAGGAAGUGGCUAUGGAAUUAGAGGGAUUGAGAAUGAUGACAAAGCAUCCAUGGGUUAACGAAUUAAGGGAUGCAGAAGAGGUAGAGUACUUGCUUGGUGAAACAUCUGAUAAAUCUGGUCAUGACUUUGAUGUUAGUGGUAGCAUGAGCAUCGUCUCCAACACCUUUCCAAAUCAAGUAGAAUUUGCAAUUCGCAAAGGGCGAUAAACAAAAGUUUCUUGGUGACUGGUUGAUACCCAUCAAUGUUAGUGCCAAUCAUAAAACUAAGAAAAACAAUGGGGGAAUGGAAGAGACCACAAUCUUGUAGAUAAGAUUCUCUUCCUAAUUUUCAAUAUAUUGUCCUUGGUAUUGGUAUGUACUCUAAAUGCUAUGUAGAAAUAAAUAACAUCAUCGAUC